CGUCAAACACUCAAACUCUCCGAGACAAAAUUAAAUUUUUGAGAAAACCACAGUAGCUUCACACAAUGGCUGCCACUCAAGAUUACAAGCCCGGCGAUAUUCCGUACGAGGAGCAAGAUGAUCGCAGAUUGUUCUGCAAAUUCCACUACAAAGGUGUUCUCAUUUUGGUCAUACCCAUACUGUUUGGACCCAUAUUAAUCGGACACCCAGUUUUGGUCUGCCGCUUCCUGUACAUUUCAAUUUGCUUCUACUUGUUCUACGUGCUCAACUUAAUGGCCAGAGGAGCGGUGGCCUUUAUCUACAUCAUAUUUAUACCCGUUGCGGGCAUUGCGUCCUCCAACCAGGUCGGAACCUCCUACUACAACGAUCUGAUAUUCUUGGUGUACGGAUCCAUUUUCCUGGGCAUUAUGAUGGAGAGCUCGAGGCUCAAUGAACGCCUGGCGAUGUGUGUCAUCGCCAUUGUCGGUAGCAGUCUGAAGCUUCUUCAGAUUUUCAUGACCGUGGCCGUUUUCAUUGUGGCCUUCUUGGUGCAUCCCGCACUAGCCGCUGCCUUUUGGAUGAAGGUGUCCCAGGCCGUGAUCACGGAAUACAAUAAUGCUGGCAUUCUGAAAAUGAACUCUGAUGAAAGAACCUACGAGGUUGGAGCCAAGCCGUAUCCUACGCGUCCCGUGAUCGGGAUAUAUCUAACCUGUUGCUAUACCGGCACACUAGCUGCCUGCUUUUCCCCCUUCGUGAAUCCCAACGGUUCCAUAGCCGACGCUUUCUGGGGGUUAUUUAGUGUAACCAGCAUGAUGAUGAUUAUGGCGGCACCUGCCAUAAUGGGUCUGGUAGUGAUGGUACUUUGGAUCCACAUCCUCUUUCUCGGGCUUUUCGGGGGCAGUGUGAAACGAGAUCUGGCAGAGCUGGCUGGGAACAAGGCGGGCUUCAAGCAGGCCAUAGCCGACAGGAAAGAGGCGCUGGGGCCCUGGCCCGCAUAUCCCAUUAUAGUCCUCUUCCUGAUUAUCGUAACAUUUCUUCUGGUGGCCACGCGAAAGCCGCGAGUGUUCAGGGGCUGGGAUGAUAUAAACCUGGCAAUCGAGUCGGGCUUCUCGGUCGCCGUCAUUGGCAUGGCCAUCGUAUUCUUUGCGCUUCCGACCAACUAUUUGUUCUGCAAGUACUACGUCUGCCGCCGGCCCUCCAAGGAGGGCACUGCUCCCUCUCUUCUCGGCUGGAAGGCGGUGAACAACAAUACUCCCUGGGCCGAUGUCUUCAUGCUGGGCGCCGCCGUCUGCUGCAUCUUUUGUGCCCAGGCAUGCGGCUUCAUUGCCCUCGUGGCAGAAUCCCUGGGCAGUCCCGAUGAUAAAUUCGAUGGCCAGCAGUUCAUCGUCGGCGCGCUGUUCGGAACUCUGCUGACGAAUCUAUCACCGGGUACUACCGUGGCCAAGAUAGCUCUUCCCGCCGUCGCCAGAGGGGGAGCAAGCUUUGCCCUGCCGUUCGCCACCGCAUUGCACAAUCAGUUUUUGCUGCCCGUGAGCUGCCCCGCGAACAUUAUUGUUGCCGGCUGGGGCAACAUAAGACCUUUCCAAUUCAUGUUGGCCGGAAGUGUCCUGAUGUUUUUCAUGUUUGUUACGAUUGCUGGCUUCACCGCCUUGCUCGGCAGCAGUGCUCUACCAUUGCUCUUUCACUAAUUUAAUCGUUUUCAGUCCACAGACCCAAAUUUUCUGUUUCGACUUCGCCCGCAUUUAAUAAAAUUACCCAGUAAGCCACACUGCAUUGCGGUGUGUUGAGCACUCUU